AUGAAAGGCUAUGACAAAUACCUGCCCAGGCAGAUGGAGCAAGUGCCAGCCAGCUUGAGAAGGCAGUGUGCUAGCAGUGUCUGCCCUGAGAUGAUGAGGCUGUACAUUCCCUACCUCACCUGCUGGCGCAGCACCGCCUCUGGGACCUCCGGCUGCUCCCGGGCUAGUGGGGCCGGGGCGCUGCGGGCUGCAGCCGCUUGGGGUGCCCCGGCGGCUGGGGAAUGGGAAGAUGUGAGCCCGGACGCCCGGGGCCCUGCUGGAGCUCCGCCGGGACGCUCGGAGCGCCUGCCCAGGCCAGCAACGCUUUUCUUCCUGCGCAUCGGCAAGCUGGCCGAGGGCAGAAAUAGGGAUAUGAGACAUCUUCUAUUGAUUUUCGACUCUUGGCGGCAGCUGCCAGAUUCCUCGAGAGUCACUGAGUCCCAGACAAGAUACUCCAAGCUCAACACAUUUGUAAUAGACGACGGCUUUUUUUUUUUUUUUUUUUUUCCUUUCCAGAAAAGAGCUCCUCACCACCGGGCUCGGGACCAGCUCCUUCCCCGAGACCGCGUUCCCGCCUUAGGGCAAGUUCUUCCCUUCGAGAUCCGAGCCUUGCGCCCGGACGCUGAGGCUGUGGUGUGGGUUCUUUUCAGGACAGUUUUUGCGUUCGGGGUGCCCGGAGCCCAGUCCUGA